ACAUGCGUGUUUUGUUAGUAAGAAAAAUGUGAAAUAAUGAAAGUGCAUCCUUCCAUACAAGGACCCGGUACUCGUCUGAGAAAUGACAGUCAACCGGGUAAAAGCGAAUUCGAUGGUUGCUCUUUAUUGGCGGCAAGUCUUCGCCAUCAGACAACAGAGUUCUUCAAUAAUUCAACUUUGCAUGGUGUACGCUACAUUGCGGAGAAAGAGAGGCCUUUUUGUGAAAAGUAAGCAAAGCAUUGUUCUUAUUUACCACAAAAUGUUUGUAUUGGUUUUAUGUUUAAGUAUCUUUUUAAAUCAUUUUACAAAACUGAUGCUUGAUUAAUUUGCAGGUUUAUGUGGUUUAGCUUCACAGCAGUAGGAGCUGUAACCACAUGCAUCAUCAUUGUCAGCCUUUGGGAGAAAUUUCAAACCAAUCCAACCAUCACAGGUUUGGAUACAGAUUUUCACAACUGGGACGUGCCGUUUCCAGCAGUUACAAUAUGUGAUUUGAGUCCUGUUGACGACGAAUUACUUCAGGAAUAUAUUACGAACACUUGGGGCGAAGAUCCUCCGGAAGGCGCUGCAAACAUGUUGCGAUGGCUGGCGACGCUGAGUUACCAUAGCGUGGGCGAGGUGACGGAAUACUUCGGUGAUGAUGCCCUGGUGGGCAAGACGGACGCUGAAGCCCCUACGCCGGCGAUCAACCCGAAAGACGCAGUAUUUAGUAUCGUCCGUCGAUGCGAAACCCUAUUCUACGAUUGCGAAUGGAAAGGUGACUCGGAGGAGUGUUGCGAUUUACUUGUACCGGUGUUUACAGAAAUGGGAUUUUGCUACGCUUUCAAUUCACGCCAUGCUGAAAAAACCUGGCCAUGGCAAACCCAACUUUUUUCGGAGCAGUUCACCGAAGCGUUCAUCCAUGAAACAGAUGCGAAAUGGUCUUUCUUGUUCAACUCUUAUCGUAAUGACACUAACAUAGAUAUAUACAUUCACUCGACGGAAGAAAUGGCAGGGUUGGAGCAAAGCGCGCAGCACACUUGGGACCGUCGCGUGGAAAAGGUGUCAUUCUCUGUGAAACAUACGUACACUACAGAAGACGCCCGCCAACUUUCCAUAAGCCAGCGAAGGUGUAUCUUCGCUGAUGAACAGAGUUUGGAAACCUCGAGCAUUUACACAUAUUCUGCCUGCAUGAGACAGUGCAGAAUGCAGAGGAGUCGCUCUUAUUGCAAGUGUGUGCCGCACUUUUAUCCGUCUAUUAAGGGCUACAGACAGUGCACUAUAAAAGAGCUGAAGUGCAUAGCGGAGCAUUUGGCCGCCAUCACUGACGUCACGCGAUGCCCCUGCGAACUCGGCUGUUCCCACACUGUAUACGAAGUCGAGAAACUCACUGAGAUAGAUUCAAUGAAGACGGCAGGCACGACCACUUCGCUGGAGACAGAAUUCGUUUCGUGGCCCAUGGUGCGUUACAAACGAGAAGUGUUGUUCGGCUGGGUCGACUUAUUGGUAUCAUUCGGCGGCAUAGCUGGCCUCUUCCUCGGCUUCUCGUUACUAUCAGGCGUGGAGCUGAUCUACUACUUCACGCUGCGGGCGUGGUGCGCCGUGGCGCGCGAUGCGGACACCUUGCGCCGCGAGACCGAGGAGAGAUUAGCGAAGCCGAAACCGCCUCACGAUCUCAGCCUGGUGCCAUGGUGGAGACAGCCUCCAGCUCCGCGGACGCCUCGGCCACUGAUGGUGCGUCCGAAAGACGUCCAGCCGCCGCAGUACUCGCCACCGCCGGGCUACACGUCCUAUCUGCCAUAACUUUCUACACAACUACUUACAGCUAUCUUACUGCUUUUAGUAUUGUCCUUUGUUUUAUUAAAAAUACUUUUAAAGUAAAUGUAUUUUAAUUUUAGUUGUUUUAGGGGACGGGGGAAUAAAAAAAGAAAUA